GGAGGCCGGGAGAUCUUGUAGCUGAAACCCUUCGCAUGCGCGGGGAAACUAGUGUCUCUUGAGGGGGUUGGGCUGGCGCGCGUUGAUCCCUUACUUUCCGGAUCUCCUGCCGUUAGAUCAGGCCGGUGUCGGGGUCAAGUGGGCCAGUGAGACUGGAGCCAGUUAGAACUACAACGGGGAGCGAUUAGGGACAAACUUUGUCUAGGGUGAAAGCGAGCGAGCCCGUAGUGGGGCCAGCCUGGGCAGCCGACCGUGUCAUUGCCUCGGGGCCUUUCUAGGCUCUGGUCUAGUCCUGGGGAUAAAGUCCGACCCAUUUCCUUGUGGGCGUUUUGAGGCUUUCGGUGAUCUGGCCCGUCUGUCAUUCUUUCUUCAUUCAUUCAUGUAAUGAAUGAAUACAGUACUAAGCGCCGCUAACACUAGAUAGAGAAGUGAUCAAGACAAACACCGUUCCCGCGGUACCGGGAAAAGUGAUGGGCUGUAGAAUGUAGAAGCCCAGGGCGGAGAACAGGGACGGCUUCUGGAACUAAAUCGCGAACCCUGAUCAGAAGUGGUGGGGAGAGUUCCAAAGAGAAGACAGCACGUGCCAAGGCCUGGAAGGGGAACAGAGGCCGACGUAUCCUGGUCACUGAAGAUACCUUACUCUGAAUCUGUUUCGUGCCCAGGGAAGAGAUGACAGUUGUCAGGGCUAGGCUACAAACACUGGAAAUGGAGAUAGACAACGGAAUUCAAAGUAUUAUAUACCUAGCAAAAUCCACAGAAUUUGGGGAGAGUGAGAUGUAGAAAAGAAGUACUCAAGGCUUGGGUACCUGGGUGGGGUUCAUCAGAGGAGAAGCAAAUUUGUGGGAGACAACAACAAAUUCUAUUCUGGUUGUGUGGAGACUCGCAGGAAGUAAUUGGAUAUUCUAGUUUGAAGGUGUUGGGAUGGCCACCAACUGGGGGAGCCUCUUGCAGGAUGAACAGCAGCUAGAGGAGCUGGCACGGCAGGCCGUGGACCGCGCCCUGGCUGAGGGAGUGUUGCUGAGGACCUCACAGGAGCCCACUUCCUCGGAGGUGGUGAGCUAUGCCCCAUUCACGCUCUUCCCCUCACUGGUCCCCAGUGCCCUGCUGGAGCAAGCCUAUGCUGUGCAGAUGGACUUCAACCUGCUAGUGGAUGCUGUCAGCCAGAACGCUGCCUUCCUGGAGCAAACUCUUUCCAGCACCAUCAAACAGGAUGACUUUACCGCUCGUCUCUUUGACAUCCACAAGCAAGUCCUAAAAGAGGGCAUUGCCCAGACCGUGUUCCUGGGCCUGAAUCGCUCAGACUACAUGUUCCAGCGAAGCACAAAUGGCUCCCCAGCCCUGAAACAGAUCGAAAUCAACACCAUCUCUGCCAGUUUUGGGGGCCUGGCCUCCCGGACCCCAGCUGUGCACCGACAUGUUCUCAGUGUCCUGAGUAAAACCAAAGAAGCUGGCAAGAUCCUCUCUAAUAAUCCCAGCAAGGGACUGGCCCUGGGAAUUGCCAAAGCCUGGGAGCUCUACGGCUCAAACAAUGCUGUGGUGCUACUGAUUGCUCAAGAGAAGGAAAGAAACAUAUUUGACCAGCGUGCCAUAGAAAAUGAGCUACUGGCCAGGAACAUCCACGUGAUCCGACGAACAUUUGAAGAUAUCUCUGAAAAGGGGUCUCUGGACCAAGACCGAAGGCUGUUUGUGGAUGGCCAGGAAAUUGCUGUGGUUUACUUCCGGGAUGGCUACAUGCCUCGUCAGUACAGUCUACAGAACUGGGAAGCACGUCUACUGCUGGAGAGGUCAUGUGCUGCCAAGUGCCCAGACAUUGCCACCCAGCUGGCUGGGACUAAGAAAGUGCAACAGGAGCUGAGCAGGCCGGGCAUGCUGGAGAUGUUGCUCCCUGGCCAGCCUGAGGCUGUGGCUCGCCUCCGCGCCACUUUUGCUGGCCUCUACUCACUGGACAUGGGUGAAGAAGGGGACCAGGCCAUCGCCAAGGCCCUUGCUGCUCCUAGCCGGUUCGUGCUAAAGCCCCAGAGAGAGGGUGGAGGUAACAACCUAUAUGGGGAGGAAAUGGUACAGGCCCUGAAACAGCUGAAGGACAGUGAGGAGAGGGCCUCCUACAUCCUCAUGGAGAAGAUCGAACCUGAGCCUUUUGAGAAUUGCCUGCUACGGCCUGGCAGCCCUGCCCAAGUGGUCCAGUGCAUUUCAGAGCUGGGCAUCUUUGGGGUCUAUGUCAGGCAGGAAAAGACACUCGUGGUGAACAAGCACGUGGGGCACCUACUUCGAACCAAAGCCAUUGAGCAUGCAGAUGGUGGCGUGGCAGCGGGAGUGGCAGUCCUGGACAACCCAUACCCCGUGUGAGGGCACAACCAGGCCAUGGGACCUUCUAUACUCUAUAUUUGUCAUUCCUUUCCUAGCCCUCCUGAGGGGUAUCCUCCUAAAGACCUCCAAAGUCUUUAUGGAAGGGUAAAUACUGGUACCUUCUCCCAGCUCUCCAUCUGAGGACCAGAAAAGCUGUGUUUCCCUUAGAUGAGAUCUAGAGGCCCCCAAAUCCUGGGGGUGUGGGUACAGCUGAGGGGAAGCUGCUCUGAGGUAAAGGUCCAUGAACCCUGCCCCACUCCCGUCAGCCCCUCAUCAGCCUUUUCAGCAGGUUCUAGUGCCUGACUUGGGCUAGGACUGAGUGGUAGGAGGAUGGGGAGUGGAGGGGCAUAGCCUUUCCCUAAUUCUGCCUUAAAUAAAACUGCAUUGCUGAUUCA